CUUGCGCUAGGCUUUGUACAGCUCUAGCACUCCGCCCAGAUGCUUUGUUCGUCGCGAUAUAAAGCAUGCGACGUGUCUGUUGAGAGUCAUCCCAUCUCAACGCCGCUUGCAGCAUGGCUCUCAUUACGCUGCCACCGGAGCUCAAGCUAAACAUAGCUGACUGUUUGGACCCGGACUCGACUCUCAAUUUUGCCCUUACCUGCAAAGACCAUGCAACACUGUUCAAAUCCCUGUUGGGGCAGCAUGCACGACUACUUGCGGAAUGGAAGGUCAUCGACACGACUGAUGCUCGUACGCUUCUUUGGGAAAUCUUGAGAGACAUAAUAGCAAGUCCUCGCCUAGGGUGGUACAUCAGGGAACUCAAUCUUCCGCCGAGCCGGCAAUACAAUUGGAAUGCGAACGAGAGUUUGUUUGACCCCCACCCAAAGAACGGCGUUGGACCAACCGAAGAAGACAAGGCCUUGUUCAUCGAGGCAGCAAGGGGGCUACAAGACCUGUAUCCCGGUUUCGGGGUAGAAAACCUGAGGCUGCAGAGACGAUACUCUCACACAAUCAGGUUUUUACCGCGCCCGUACGACACGAUUGGCUCUAUCGAAGAUCGGAUUCACGCAGGCUUCGAGGACGCCAUAAUCGCAAUCCUUUUGCACUAUCUACCUUAUCUCACGACCAUCAGACAUUCAGAGGUCGCUAUGGAAGAUUGUCUGGAGCUUGUUCUAUGGCAGAUCGCGUUAGGAUACAAGGACCCGCUCAAGGCACCAAAGCUUCCUCUACAACGUCUUAAAACGGUCUCUUUGCGUUACGCUCUAGGGGAAGGAUGCAGUUCUCCUGAUUGGGCGUGUUUUUAUCUCAGUAUCCCUUCGGUAAAGACUUUUGCAGCGCAAGCAAUGGGUGGUUCGCCUAGCGAGGACGUCCUUCGCACUUUGUUUCCCAAAGGUGCUGCUCCGUGCUCCAACGUAGUAGAGCUAUUCUUCCGAUAUUGUGUAUUCGAUGUAGAUGGCCUGGCAACCAUACUCGCGAACAUUCGGCAUCUGGAAAAGCUAGCAUACAACGGUGGCGGUGCCGAGGUGUGCGAAUCGAGCUUUUACGAACCGAAAAGAGUUAUUCGAGCUAUUGCUACACACGCCAGUCGCUCGUUGGAGGAGCUCAUGCUCAGCGAGGAGGACACAGAUAGUGAGCCUCCCGAGGAUGGCCCAGCGAUUAUUUCUCUCCGAGAGUUCCAGAAGCUCCGUGUGCUCCACUGUUCGUGGCCCAUGCUUCGCCCCGAGCCCGGAAAAGAGGAAGACCUUGACCACGAUGAGCCGCUAGAACAAGGUUAUUACCAAAAGGAGGAUUACGAACAGAUUGAUGUCGACUUCGACGUAAGGACCAUUCUCCCAGAGUCAUUAGAAGAGCUCUUCAUGAACGGCUAUUUUGACGCUUAUGAGGAAUGGGAUUACAUGGAAAAUGCAUUCAAGGCCCCAAGCGCCUUCACGCCACGCCUGACUUUGGAGAAGACCUGUAUCCAGAAUGGUGAUUGGAGUGAUCGAAUCGGUACGGCAGAGGCUCCGGACGGAGUCUGGUCUCAUCCGCUCGGUCGCCUUUUUGAAGGUCAUGAUAUUUGAAAUCGACAAACUAUUUGCCUCAUUCUCGCUUGUAACGAGAACACCAAAUAUCGGAACUGUUUGCGCUUGCUGGGCAUACGAGAAUUACUAUAAUAGUGCGCACGGCUCCUCU